CAUCCACCAUCCAAAAACAUUAUAACCCAGAAAUCCUCCCACGUAAAGCGCCACGUGUCAUCCAAUCCUACCCUCCGCUCAAUCUAUCACCUUUAAAAAAAGAUUCACCAAUACUACUCAACCUUCUUUUCUCUCUCUCCCCUACAUCCACCACCACUCGCUAUGGAUACCCUCCUCCACCCUUCAACAAGUUCCAUGGCCAAACGCCCUUGCCCUUCUUCCGCCGAAAACCCUAUGCUUCCUUCUUCCUUCUCUCAGAUGGACAACCUCCUCCUCUCUUUCCUUUCUCUCUCCGAUUCCUCUCCUCCUGUUUCCCUCGACCUUUCCUUCGACCGCCUCCUCGAAUCUGCUCCUUCCGACGCUGAUCAGUCUCUCCUGAUCGAUCGUGCUCACAAUCUCGGUUCCCUUCUCCUCCGUGCCGCCAAUCGCUCUGCUCGGAAACGUGCUUCGCUUCAUAACUCCAUCGCCUGGGCCCUCCCUCCUGAUCUCACCAUCAAGGUGUUUUCGAUGUUAGAUUCGCAGAGUCUUUGUUACGCCGCGGCAACGUGUUCGAUGUUUAACAAGUGUGCCAUGGAUCCUUUGUGCUAUGCCAAUAUUGACCUCACCACUGUCGUGCCUAAGGUUAAUAAUGCCGUUGUCUCCACCAUGAUCCAACGAGCCGGAAAAUCGUUCCGAUCUCUUAAGCUUGGAAUUGUACCUGGCCCAACGUCGUCUCCUGGUUCCUGCCAACCAUUGGUUUAUAGCAUCAGGAAUUCUGUAGAUGUAUCUAGCUUUUCUUGGAACGACAAAAAGACCAGGCAAGGGAAGGAAUCAUCUAUUCUUACAAGGUCCUGCUUAUACCCAUUAAGUGGGGACAAUGGUGCCGCUGGGACUCUUUUGAGGAGGUUGCAUCUUUACAAUAUUGAAAGAAUGGACAAUGCAUCAUUUUGUGUGGCAUUAGCUGCUUGCCCUUCUUUACUUGAUUUGGAAAUUGUUGGCCUUCAUGUUGAGCUGAGGCAAACUCUGAUAUCAGUGAGCUCAAAUUGUCACUUGAUAGAGCGUUUAUUCUUCGAGUCUUCUAAAACAGGAAGGGAUGACAGCUUGAAAUCGCCGACAUGUGUGGAUUUGGUGAACAAUUGUCCUAAUAUUUCUUCUUUGUCGCUGAGAGGUUUUAAACUUCAGGAUUAUAAAGUUCGCAUUCUUGUUAAGGGAUUCCGGAAACUUAAAUAUGCUGAUUUUUCAACUUCUUACUUGAUCAGCGGAACAUUUUUGAGGAAUUUGGGAAGUGGCUUUGGUGGGAAUCUACUAGAGGUUUUAAUUUUAAGGGACUGCAUGCAUCUCAAAGAGGUGGAAGUUGCUCGGUUCUUGACAGCAGUUCUUGCAGGAGAUUUUAAGUUCCUUCGAUAUCUUGACAUAUCUAAUAGGGAAGGUUUAGCUUCUGAAGGUGACUGGUAUCAGAGAUCUUACAACUCGAGCAUUAUUCCCUUAAAGCAGGUUUUGGAAGUAAGACCAAAUAUUUGUUUGCUGGCCGAGUUUCCAUCAGAAGGAUGCUAUAUUGACAUAGACCACAUGUUUGAUAGUGAUGUUAACAGUGAAAUCAGUCUGCCAUCCCAACUGAGUAGUCAUACAUCUGAUGGUUCAUUGCUUAUGAGUUCAUCAGAGAGCAGCUAUAAUAGUGAUCAGGGUAGCGGUAAUGAGGAGUAUCAAGUUUCGGGUUUUGUAAUUUAUGAGGAAAGCUCAGAUGAGGUGGAUUUUCUGGUUGUCUAGAAGAACUGCCAUGCUAAGCGGGAUGAAAUUUGCUGUCACUAAAUAACUGGCAUUGCAGGAGGGAGGCUUUUUCAGGGUGGAAGCUGAACAGGUGGACAAAAUACGAAUUGCAUUGUGACUUGUGAGCGGCAGUAUAUCAUCCUUAUUGUCCUUUAUGAUAAUCCGCUGCUGCUGACAUAGCCGAUGCUGCUUUCAUCCACUUCACUGAGUUUGUUAUCAUCAUAAAAGAAAAGGCUAAAGCCUCUGGGGACCUUUUGUUCCCCCUCUUUGUACCCGCUACUUCAACAGCAGCUAUAAACAUAAGUAGAUGAUGGAAGCGGGCAAGGGCAGUCCACGCUCAAGCUCUUGCUGUUGAAAUUUGUAUGGAAUGUGGCCUUUGUUGAAAUGUUUGUUUCGCCAAUUGCCGAAAGGAAUUUGUAGAUGGCAAAGCGAAAUGGAUUGGAUAAAUCUUUCGAUUCUCUUUCUAGGCUGUAGCAAACCAUUUUUACUUUUGGUCAGCCUAUAAUUGCUCCUCGUCAGUUGUCACAGUUACCAUCAUCUCAACACCUCUGGUUUAUGAGCUCUCUCUAAUUGUCGUAUAAAAACUUUUAAACAUUUAUUGUUUAUCACAACAA